GGUGCAGUUCAAGAUUUUGCGCCGCUAGGUGCGCUCCCUGACUUCCGCUCUGUUGUGACAGGAAAUAUGGCAGUCGCCUAUUGUAAGGAAGUAUCGUGAACCAGUAUUCAACAUCAAGCAACGUUCUCGUCCAAGGACUGAAACUUCCUUCUCCCGACCCUGCUCCGGAGAGGACAAUGUUCUGCACGUAGAGUAAGGACAUGCAGUAGUUAGCACUGAAGUACCAGGCCAAAGACGACACUGUCCUGGACGCGUCUGCCAUAAACAAUGCCACCAGAUACACACAGUCUCCCACCGAGAACGACAGGUUCUCCCUGCCACCAGCGGCAAUCCCCAACUUCAACUCACCAGCAGGGGGGGUCAACAUUCCGUCCUUUGGCAGCACAGCACCGAGCACUUCCAACAUUUCAAGUCAAGGUGUGACCAUAUUUGUGGCCUUGUAUGAUUAUGCGGCAAGGACUGAAGAUGACCUGAGUUUUAAGAAGGGAGAGCAGCUACAGAUUAUCAACAACCAAGAUGGGGACUGGUGGGAGGCCAGGUCAUUAACUACAUCACAGACAGGCUACAUUCCCAGCAACUAUGUUGCACCUGUGUCCAGCAUCAAUGCAGAAGACUGGUUCUUUGGAAAGAUUGCACGAAAAGAUGCAGAAAAGCUGCUGCUGGCACCAGGCAACGUCAGGGGGACGUUCCUGAUACGGGAGAGUGAGACAACUGCAGGUGGUUUCUCCCUGUCUGUGAGAGACUGGGAUGAGACGAAGGGUGACAACGUGAAGCACUACAGGAUCAGGAACCUGGACAGCGGAGGUUUCUACAUCGCCAGCAGGACACAGUUCAAAACCUUACAGGAACUCGUACAGCACUACUCAGAGACGUCAGGUGGCCUGGCCUAUCAGCUGGUGAAACCCUGCUCCAAGUCUAUGCCCAUCACCAAGGACCUCUCCCACCACACCAAGGAUGCCUGGGAAAUAGACAGGGAGUCCAUCUCCCUGAAGGAGAAGCUGGGCCAGGGCAACUUUGGAGAGGUCUGGUUGGCCGUGUGGAACCAUAGCACCAAGGUGGCAGUGAAGACCCUGAGGUCAGGCUCCAUGUCUCCUCAGGCCUUCCUGGAGGAGGCCACCAUCAUGAAGAAACUGCGUCAUGAGAAACUGGUGGCCCUGUACGCCGUCUGCACGGACAGGGAACCCAUCUACAUCAUCACAGAGUACAUGUGCAAUGGCAGCUUGCUGGACUAUAUAGUCAAGGGAGACGGGCAGAAGUCUGGGCUGAAGGAGCUGGUGGACAUGGGGGCUCAGAUUGCAUUUGGCAUGGCCUAUAUUGAAAGAAUGAAGUACGUCCAUCGAGACUUGCGAGCAGCCAAUGUACUUGUAGGUGACGACAAUAACUGCAAAAUAGCAGACUUUGGCCUAGCUAGACUGAUAGAGGACGACCUUUAUAAGGCACAACAAGGUGCUAAGUUUCCCAUCAAAUGGACGGCUCCAGAGGCAGCGCUGUACGGCAAGUUCACCAUCAAGUCUGAUGUCUGGUCCUUUGGGAUCCUCCUGACAGAGCUGGUGACUCAUGGCAAGAUUCCAUACCCUGGGAUGAUGAACAGGGAGGUGUUGGAUCAGGUGGAGAGGGGGUACAGGAUGCCCCAGCCCCAGGGGUGCCCAGACUCGCUCUACAACCUCAUGUUGCAGACUUGGGCUCGUGACGAGGAGACGCGGCCCACCUUCGAGUAUCUCCACAACUUCUUAGACGACUACUUCACAGCUACGGAGCCCAACUACAGAGAGCCUGACUCAAUCUAGACGGGGGGGUGCAAUACUCUUUCUGUGUUGCAAGGUUGCGGGAUAUGGACAGGGUCUUCUGACUGGGGUGUUGACUCAAGUCAAAUAUGGGACAUCUCUUUAGACCACUUUGCUAGCACCUUGGACCCAGUUUUUGUACUUCAAUGCUGGUAACUGCCCUAGUACAGAGAGAGGACAACCACAAAUGUGAGGGGGUUUUGUACAGAGAUAUGUUCCAUCUUCCGAUGGUGAUGUGUACUUUGGUAUACUGUCACACGGUACUCGAGAUUGUUACAAGGUGAUGAAAGUAAGAUAUACUUUGUCUGAACUUCUUCCAACUGAUUGUAGUGGUGACCAAUCUUAGUAUAUUUGUAUUGGAAAUUUAUACUUGUUCUGAUCAGAACAUUGCCUUUAAAGCUUCACACCAAUUUGCUUUCUGACACACAGUACUUACAGGGAAAAAGCCUAAUUUUUGUGUGUCUGUGUCCUUUGUAUGUACAUUUACUGUUGCAUGUAUAUUUUGUCUUAAAUUGUGUGGACAAGCUCAGUUCUUGAGUCAAAACUAAAAAUGCUUUCAUAUUGUCCUUAACAUGUUGAAUUAACGCUAAUGUUGUAGUGUUAUGUACUCACUAGACUUUACUAUGGCAUUUAUUUCAACACAUAAUUGUCAUCCCAAAAUGCUGUAGUUCCCCAAUGUGGCGGUUCCUGGUUAUCUUUAUGAUUAUCUUCAGCAUUUGGUGACCGGAUAUCCCAGCUUAGACCUUUUUAUGUCAGAUCUUUAGGAUAAAGUGUUGUUGUUUUUACUGUCUGCUUUGUGUCAUAAAGACCAGGUCUUUGAACUGUGCAAAAUAUAAUCACUGAGAAGUUGUUGUGGGGUUUGUAUUACCAGUGUUUUUCACGAUGUGGACAAGAAUGAAACUCUGUGCAAUGCAGUCAAAAGUUUGACUGGUAUACAACUGUGCAGGGAAAGGCAUAUUUUCAUACAACUGAAAGGAAUAUUGUGUAUUUUGAUUGCCUUAAGAAGUAGAUUGUUGUAGGAAUGUGUACAAAAUGGAAGCACAACAGUAAUAACCAGUGAAAGAACAGUGAAUUAGUUAGGGUUCCUAGUGACGAUGAGACUCAGACCAAGCUUAAACCUCUGGGUUACAAGACUAUUUUAUACCACAUGUAUAGCUAGAAAUUUUCUAACAAGUCUUAGGGAAAGGAAGCAGACUGGAUGGUCUUUAAAGUCUAGCAUAUUGUUUGUGGAGGGGAGUUUAUGAUAUGUGGUGGUAAUGGAUAAAGUUUCUCUUUGUGCAUGACCAGAAUUAUUGAAUAUGUGUGGAAAUGUUAUGACCAUGUGGAACUUAGCUCAGCUCGCAUGCAUUCAGUGGCUUUCUUUGUAGGUAAGCCUUAGUAGGGUUCUUUUCAAGUGAGGUGCUGCUGAGGUAUUGGAAAGUCUGCAUGAAGAUAAUGUUGACAUUUUGUUGUGGUACUCGACCCCAAGUCCCCAAUAACCCAGCCAAAAGAAAAGUUUUGGGGACCUAGAAUCAUUUUCACAGUCUAGACGUGCACUCAGAACCUUUUCAGUUCAGUCACCUAUUAAACUGUAAAUGAGAUAAUCUCCCCUUUAAAGAGUUCAGAAAAACAAUGUUACAGCUUUUCUAUACAUCGGAUUCUGUUUGCACUGAGAGUCCUUUCAGAAAGGGAAGGAUGUUUGUACAUUUGUAGAUGGGCAAUGAAAGUCUCCCUGGCUUUGACUAAAACAAAAGGUAUCACAAGUGUAUCCAGCUAAACGUCCUGUUUACUUACUGUUUAAAUUUAGAAUUCAAUGGAUAUGUCUGUGUACUAAACCACAUGUAGACCUUACAUACUAGUAGCCUUAAGAACUUGCAAGGCACUUGUAAAUCCAGUUGGCCGUUUUCCUCCUUCUGAGGUCAUUUAUGCAUGUACAUCUUCCUCUGUCGGGUGAUUUCAUCCCAUCUUGUUUCUGUCAACUUUAUAUCCAGGCUGGUUAUGUACAUAGUUUUGACAUUAGGUAACUUAGUUAACAAUGCCUGUGAACUAAGCUGUGUAUGUUUUGUACUCAACAUUCUGAUAUUUCUCCAUGAGUAGCUACUCCUUGCAAUUGAUAGGGAACACUUUCUAUUUGUCUAAAACUAGACUAAAGCUACGUAACUUCACUGUAUAUAGUCUUAACUGCCAUGAGGUUAGAAUUCAGAAGAGAACUGACUGUACAUGUAGGUAUAAUGAUAUCUGGUAGUGUAAGACUACAUUUGUAGAUAUGUCUCCGUUUUUCUUUGUCAAGAGACAUAUUUGAUCACAUACACGUCAUGAGGACUGGUGGAUAUGUAAAAGUAUGAGAUGUGGGAACAUUGCAAUGUUUGUGGUGCUGACAGGGUUACUUUAUAACAACAUGGAGACAUUAGGUUGACAGGUGCAAUGUUAUUGGAGUUAACUGAUUAGUUAUGGUAGUUAAUAAAUCAUUUUAUAGGCUACAUCUUCAAUUCAAGGCUGUUACAGGCAGCAGUACAUAAGCUGCAAAGUAAGGAGUCACUACACCUCAGAUAAUGGUACAUGUAUUUAUCAAAGUCAACCAUGUAACAGAACUGGAUUAAUCUUCUUUUUCUAACAAUAAAAAAAAAAGAAGUGUUCA